AUGACUUCCUCCUCGACCAAUCCCUCAAUCCUCAUCAUUGGAGCUGGUCUUUCUGGCUUGACCCUCGCCCGCUCACUCAAGCAUUACCAACCGAUCAUCCUUGAGGCACGCCAUCGUCUCGGUGGAAGGGCCUACUCGGUUCCCCUCGGUGCCGGUGACCAUGACGCCAGCGUCGAUAUGGGUUGUGCGAUGGUCCAUGGAUGGAAUGAAGGCAAUCCUGUCAGGGACUUGAUUCACGCUUACGGAGGCGUGAGUUUUUAGCCCAUGCUCUCCGGAGUGCAAAGUUUUCGGCUUGCAAAGAAGACUUGACCUUUUCAUCUCCAUCUCGAGCAGAAUGCCCAAGUCGUCCCCAAGACGAAAAACAUCAUCAUUAGCUCAACAGGGCCAUUGGAUUUCUCCCAAACCGAAGCGCUACAAUACCUGUCCUCGAAGCAUGCCUUCUCAAGAUCCUCCGACUCCUCCCCAAGUGCAACCGAUUCGAUCGCUUCCCUUUUGUUGCCCACGUUCCCGAAAGAGCACAAGAACGAGCUCGAGGCUUUGGCGAGAGCACAACAGAAUGGAGCGGGAUCACGUUGGAACAGACCUCGGCAAAGUGGUUCGGGUUUGCGAGAAACUGUUUUGGAACCGACGCACUCCCCGAACGAGGGUACUCGACCGAGGUCGUGGACAGAUUGGCUGAAGAGGUUCGAGCAGAUGGGGGUCGGAUCGAAUUGGGGAUCAAUAUCGUCACACUCGAGGAUCUGGGUUCGGAAAAAGGCGUCAGAGUGACAAGUCAGGAUGGUCAAGAGUGGACAGCCGAUUACGUCGUCUCGACGAUCCCGCUAGGCGUCUUGCAGCAGGGCGCAAUUUCCUUCUCCCCUGCAUUACCUCGGGAUCUACGCAUGGCGAUCCAGAGGACCGCUGUGGGUGUGUUGGAAAAGGUCGUGCUGACGUAUGACGAAACUUGGUGGACCGAGUCGGAACAAGUCGGUGGUUUCACCCUCUUGCCCACCGCCGAGGACCGGGAUCUUUCGCGGGCCAAGACACCGAAGGAGAUCUUGGAACGUACGACCUUGGCUGUUCAAUCGCUGUACCGUAUCGCUUCGACGCCGACACCUACUCUACUCGUCUACCUCGGAGCUGAUUCGGGCCGACGGCUAAUCGAGGACCAUUCAAAAGAGACCAUCGCCCAAGCUGUGCACGACUACUUCAUCACCAGGAUACCCGUUGCAAAAGGAAAGAAAGCCCCUGCUCAAGCGAAGCACUCGGUGAUCUCGGACUGGGUCAAGGACCCCUUUUCGUCCGGCGCAACAUCGACCCCUGUCAGUUUGAAUAAGAGCGAGGAUGGAGAAGCGGCGAGCCCGAUCGAUUUCGUCAUUCUCUCGAGGAGUAUCUGGGAGGGAAGGUUGGGCUUUGCUGGAGAGCAUAGUGAGAUGGAUCAUCGGGGAAGUGUUGUUGGUGCUUUGGUGUCGGGGGAGAGGGAAGCCACGAGGCUGAAGGAGGUGCUCGAAAGGAGAGCGCAAUCUGGAGGGGCAACGGGGAAGUUAUAG